GUCGAAUCAAUGAUCUUUCUCCAAGCCGCCUCUUCACUUCUCAACCUCUCACAACUCUCUGUUCAUUAUUUCUUCUUGUCUUCAACUUUCAUUUGGCUAUCGGCCAGAAUGUAGAUAUACAGCACCUAUCCAGCGUUGAGCUGCCCCCAUCAUCCAUACUUACUUCGCUAAUCGAUAUCAUCGACUACAUUGACCGUAGCCAAUACAUGGGCUGUCAUUAUCACCAUGGCUUCCACAGGUUCAGCCUCCUCCCAUUCCGCCUCGCACUCGGCAUCUGUUCAUGUGCCUCCUUCAUACCUCGACUCCGUCCCCGUUGAGUCUCUCGUCCAGCAUCUUCUUGAUGCCAAGCGGUCGCUGUCCUCGAUGGGGCUUGUUCUGCGUGCUAAUGAGCUUGUACAUGUUGCCCGCCAUGCACACGAGGAAUCUGUCAUCCUAAAAGCCCAAACCCAGUUCCUUCGCCGCGGCAUCAGCGAGCAAAUGCGAUUACUUCUGCGCAUUCGAAAAGAUCUCAUGCGCACAUACGAUGACGGCAAGCGCGAGUUCAAACAUAUCAUCAAGACAUUGGACGCUACCAACAGCCGGCUAGAGGACACUAUGAACGUCCUCCGUGAUCGGGGCGUAGACAGUGCUUUUCGGCCAGCGGGCGAAGAGAAGCGUAGCUUGCUCGAUUUUGUAGAUGAGGCCCAAGUAGAUAGGAUGAGGGAAGCCUUGAAAGAAAACAUUCAGGCAUUGCAGACUACACAGCAGUCCUUUGAUAGAGACCUCCUCCAAUUCGAAACGGACCUACGCAGCCUCAGAGCUAUCAUAUCCUCUGCUCCUUUGCCUACAUCCCCAUCCGCAUCGUCAAGCGGCCCUCCGCUUCUACAUCUAGUAACCACCAUGGUAGACCACUCUCACGCAAUGGCCGAGCUUCUUACCUCCCUAACAAAACAUUUUGACCUUUGUGUUACUGCCGUACGAACGACCGAGGGGGGCCCCGCCCUCGCUAGGAUCAAGGCUGCCGAGGUUACCCAAUCGCAGGGAGGAGAUGACGUGUCAAUAUCAGGUGUCAUAACUGACCAAGAAUCACACGCACAUGAUCUGGAGCCAUUGUCGCCAGAAGAUCGGGCGCAGAUGCUAGAAGUGCUUGUACAAGAUUCUUCGGAAGUGGAAGACGUAGUACAAGAGUUGAAUGAACGUCUUCAAGCAGUAGAGGCUGAGUAUACCAACCUAGACGAGCGCACAACUCAGAUUAAGCGUGGUUACUUCAGCACACUAGAUGCCUUCCACACAUUAGAAGAGAUUGGAACCCGAAUCCAGAGCUACAUAUCCGCAGAAAACGAAUUUCGAGACAGAUGGGUAGAGGAACAGGAGACCAUACAUGCCAAGAUGGAAGACAUGGAAGAGCUGAGGGUGUUCUAUGAGAAGUAUGCGGGCACAUACGACCACCUUAUCCUUGAAUUCGAACGACGAAAAGGUGUGGAAGAAAAGAUCCAAGGUAUAUGGCGAAGAGCAAAAGAGAGCGUCGAAAAACUUAUUGAUGCGGACAAUCGGCAGCGAGAUCUAUUUCGUCAAGAAGUCGCAGAUCAUUUGCCAACAGAUUUGUGGCCAGGUAUGGAUGAGCCUAUAACAAGAUGGGAUGUCAUAUCUUCUACGAGCGGUGGAUUGGAUUGUCAAGGAUCUGGGGGUACUCCAACAAUAGAGAGGAGUGCCAUGGAAGGGGCUAGGAGACGUCACCGUCUUGUGGAUGCCGGGCAAUAGGCUUUAGGCAUACCCAGCAACUACUAUUCACGAAACUUGGAUUAUAUGUUUAUCAUGUAGAAUUACGACGGCUGAAACGGCGUUUACUCCGGCGUUGAUUUGUUGAGGGAUUUAGGUGUUAUGAAGAUUUGCCAUGUCAAGAGUAGUACAUGUGAUCCCAUUAGAUUAUUUAGAAGUCUAAGUUACAAUAUAGUUAUUUGGCUAGAUAAAGGUCUUAUAUAUAGAUUCCUAGCAUUUUAAUAUGUGGAAC